GAACAGAAAACAUGUCUAUAAUAUUAAUAAUUAAAAAAAAAAAAAGAAAGGCUCAGGAAGCCAAAACCUACACAUACCUUCCUUUCAAGACAUUCAAAGCACAAUCCGGAAGAAGUAGUAGCAGUAGUAGUAGUGCAUCUCAAGAAUUCUCUUCCUUUUACUCUCUCCCUUUGUUCCUUUUCCUUUUCCCUUUAAACAAUCUUUACACAAACAAAUUGAAGGGGAAAAGAAAAGUUUGGGAAUUCAAUUCCAUUCUCUUAAACAAAACCCAAAUCGAGAAAAGACACAGGAAAAGAGAAAAGAAAUUUCUCAUGACUGAAAUGAUGGAUACCACAUCAUCGGCAACACCCAAAGCUCCACCAAUCUCUGAAAUGUUUCAAAAAUUCGCCUUGGCUUUCAAGACCAAAACUUUCGAGUUCUUCGCCGAUGAAGAAACCGCCACCGCUGCCGCCGAUGAUGACGGUUUAUCUCUCCUUGACUCCGCCGAAGACUUCAUUCCUGACCAGAAAGUUAUUAUUCUCAAACCUGACCAACCCUUUAACCAAGAAACCCAACCAUUAUGGCAGCAAUCAACGGCAUUGAAGUCUUCAGAGGUUACCAAGAUCACGCCUUUAAAUACCCAGUUGGCUCAAACUUUGAUUUCUUCAAUAUUUGCAACGGUUUCUUCACUCGAGGCAUCGUAUUUGCAGCUACAGAGUGCCCAUGUGCCUUUUAAUGAGGAGAGCAUAACAGCUGCUGAUGAGGCUUUGGUUUCGCAUCUUCAAAGACUGGCUGAUUUAAAGCAAUUAUAUGGGGAUAUGUGUAAAAAUCCAGACUCUGGUGCUGAUUUGGGUAUUGGGUCUUGCUUAGAAGCUCAAGUACAAGAGAAUCAAAGCAAGUUGAGAGUUUUGGGGACCGUUUCUGAUCAUUUACAAGAAGAGAUUGAUAGAAAGGAUAAUGAAGUUUUUGAGUUAAGGAAGAAAUUGAGUGACAUACAAAGGUCUAAUUUCAAGUUGUCAAAGAGGCUAACUGGUAAUUUCAAUUUGAAUUCAUCUUCUUGUGAUGUUUUAUUGUCUGCUAGGGUUUUUGAUUCUGUGUUAAAAGAUGCUUGUAAAGCUACACACAAGUUUAGUAAAAUUUUAAUUGAAUUGAUGAGAAAAGCUGGGUGGGAUUUGGGUUUGGCCGCUAAUUCAGUUCAUGCUGAUAUUCAAUACGCUAAAACAGGGCAUAAUCGCUAUGCUUUUCUAUCAUAUGUUUGUUUAGGCAUGUUUCGAGGUUUUGAUUUAAAAGGGUUUGGUUUGGAGGAGGAUGUUGAUGCUGAAAUCCUGGGUAAUGGGCAUAACUCUGAUUCCAUGAAGACCAAGGGUUCAUUAAAGCAAUUACUUGAGCAUGUGUCAAGUAGUCCUGUGGAGUUAAUAAGCAGGAACCCUGGUUGUGAAUUCUCAAAAUUUUGUGAAAAGAAGUAUCAAGAACUUGUUCACCCAACAAUGGAAUCAUCGAUUUUCAGCAAUUUGGAUCAUAACGAAGUUGUUUUGAAUUCAUGGAGAUCGUUGAGUAUAUUCUAUGAGUUGUUUGUUAACAUGGCUAGUUCAGUAUGGACGCUGCAUAAAUUGGCAUUUUCAUUUGAUCCUGUCGCAGAGAUUUUUCAGGUGGAAAGAGGUGUUGAUUUUUCAAUGGUAUAUAUGGAAGAUGUCACAAGAAGAUGCACCUUGCCAGCUAAAGCCCGGAUGAAGGUGGGUUUCACAGUAGUUCCAGGAUUUAAGGUUGGAAAAACAAUAAUUCAAUCUCAGGUCUAUUUAUGUGGCUUCAAUUGUACAGAGUAGUUGUUCCUUGUUGAAUCAGGUACGAAACUAGUAGUUAUGCAGCUUAAGCAAACUAAUAUAUCUCUUGGUUUUGAUUUGAUUUCGGCGCUAUAAUCCCUGAGGUUUGGAUGGUGGUACACAACGGCACAGGAAUCCCAAAGGAUUCAGUUGAGGGUUUCAAUGGAUACCUCAGUUAAGUAUGCUAAGAAGGAACUCUGAAUAUUAACUAUAAACUUGGAAAAGCCAGCACUUUGCAUUGGCACUGGAAACAACUAUGGCUUUCGGCUCUUGGCUAUCUUGCUAUGCCUGGUCAUACUUCCAUCUUGGUGAUGAACUUUUCCUUUCUCUUCGUUUCUAUUGUCCUUAUGCCAGGUGCUGUGUAAAUAUUGCUGUAAAGUUUUCUUUACCUUUUGCUUUCUCCCCUUUAGUAUUUUGCUGUUCUGCGCUGACACAAAAAAAGAAAAAAAAUUACCACACUGUGUAUCCUUUUUUCCCCUGAGCUGUAAACUGUGUAUCCACAUUAGCUUCUUUUGAUACAUUACAAUUGGAUCUGGUAGGAAAGUUAUGCUGUAAUGAUUCUGCUUAUACUUGUCACAGAUAUUAAAUCAAUGGCUUGAGUAACCUUUUGUUUCUAA